AAAUUUGAGCUUUACAACACAACAGGGUGGUCGAUAACUAUGGGGGUGAGAACUGGAGCUCAUUUGCGGCGUCAUCAAGGGGAUUGAAUGCGGUACGCUCAGUAUUUGCACGGGGCAGGAUGGAUGAUGACAAUAUAAGAGCUGUACUGUUGGUUAAGCAAAUUUUAGGAUGUAUUGCAUUCUGGGUCCAACUAGCGACGUACGCCAUUCUAUUAUUAUGCAGUGCUGCUGUUAUCUUUCAUGCGGGGCCGUUUAUCGCUAUCGGGGUUUCCCUGUGGCGUUUAAAACAGCAUGAUUACGGUAACUCUGAUGGAGAUUCUAGCACAGCAAACAUGAAGCCGGCCCUUGAUGUCUUGUACAUCAUUGUUGUGGUCCAAGGUGCAAUCAUUAACUACAGUCUAAUGCUCAAUGCUCUUGUGCCGAAAAAGCUAGUGGCCGUAGUGGCCAAAAUAUACGGCUUCGAAGGUCCAGGUGUCGCAUUAGUUAAGAAAUACAUGAUAGAAACAAGGAAGGGAUGCGCGAAGCACCCGUCGUUCGCCAAAGGAAGGAACCUGGUGACAUAUGCUGUGGACCUGAUGGCGCAUGAUAAGUUGCCUCAAGACUACCUCUCCGGGUUGAAGAUCCUGAGAACAAUCCUCGGACCACUGGACCAGAUGAAAUCGAAUAAGUUUAAGGAGCAGCGCAUGCUAAUAAGACAGCUGAUCUUGUACGCACCAUCCAGCCACAUCUUCCGCCGCCUGUUGGUCCUAUCAAAUCCGAGAAGCUACCCAUAUGGCACAGAAAAGAGUGCGCAAAGAGAGAUGACCAAGCACGCAGCGAGUAUAGUGGUGCACAUAGCAGACGGGGCCAGUGAGGAGCAGAUUCCCCAAGUGAUCCAGUGCAUGUCAUCACUGAUGGGCACAUUCGAAGAAAGUGAGCAUUAUCCCGAGGAGGAGGACUACCUGAAGCGGUUGUGGGAAUGUCUGCAUGUUCUUUUUUUGUUCGCAGCCGACGAGAACAAUUGUAUACUCAUCAUCCACACUCGAGGUUUGCUCACCAAGAUCCUGACGCCUCUAACCUCCGACCACUACCACCAAAAUAAUCAUGAAGAUUGGGGGGACGUACUAGUGGAAUCACUGAAACUGAUUAACCGGCUCACGACUGUUCAUGGUCAUGGACAAACCCUGCUUCGGGAUAUCUCAACCAACCAGGAAGCAGUCGAGCCAAUGAACAGGAUUCUCGGGUGUGCCGAAUGUGAUGAUAAAGAACAGAAGGCAUUGAUCAUAAGGAUUUUCACCGAACUACACGUGCAGGUGCAGCUCCCAAACAGAGUAAAUUUCAUCGAGAUGCUAGCAGACAUCUACACUUACACUGCCGUCGGCUCCACCAGAAUACCUGGGCCAGCCAGAAUAGCGGCACUUGAAGCACUGGCGAAGCUAUGUUCCCGAGAUGGAAGCAAUGCCAGGAUUAUUUUACAAGUAAAUGGUUCUGCAGUUUACUCUUUCACAGGGGAUCUUGACGCUGCAAGUAAUGGAUAUUGCAGAUACCAUAUAAGUGUAGCGGAAAUCCUACAGCAUGCUUGUCUCCAUUACACUAGGGAUGAUGAAUGCCUCGGAGUACUCAAGGGAUCCAUGACUUACGUGAUGCCAAAGGUGCUCACCAAAAUACUUACAGGUCAAGAAGGCGCUGCUUCGCAAAAUAAUUGCCAGCACAGGAUAAUUCAAAAACAGCAAAUAGAGAAAGCUCUAUUAUCCCUUGGCGUGACAGUACAUGAGAUGUUCAUCAGUGCUGAUCAGGAUUUGGCUGUUCAUUUUGAUGGCGCAAUUGGUGAAUUUAGCCUCCCGGUGAAGCUCAGGGAGAUGGUACAAAGAAACAGUGACCCCACGGCAAGUUGCCUUAUUAUACUUAAGCUUAUCAGCAGAAUGGUCAUAUCGAUGAUGAAAUGCAGAGGUAGCAGAUACCCCAAGCCAGACUUGGAGAGCUUGGUGGAUGCACUGUGGAAGGCUUGCAGCAGAAAGAUGUAUUUUAUUGACAGCUCCAUGGAUUUCGCAAGCGGUGACCACGCAGCGAAGCCUCACAGGAUUCUGGAUUCAUUUGUCAUAGAAGCAAUGGAGCUUGUUCGCAACUACAGGGAAACGGAACCAUACCAUUAUAUGUCGGUGUACCUCUGA